AUGGGAAAUCUAGGGCGUGCAGGUGCUAGCGGAAUUUUUAGAGACUGUCUGGGAAGAGUUCUGGGAUCGUAUAAAAUCUUUAUGGGGAUUACAGGGGUGUUUCAUUCUAAGAUGGAAGGGCUCAUGGAAGGUCUAAUUUGUGCUAGAGACUUGGGCUUUAACCAGCUUUGGGUUGAGUCUGAUUCCUCUUCGGUUGUGAUGCUGGUGCAGCAACGAAAGAUCCCCUGGUUUGCAGCUCAACGAUGGGCUUUCCUAAAACCAUACUUGGGUGAGAUUAAUUGGAAAAUAUCUCACAUUUUCAGAGAGGGGAAUUCCAUUGCGGAUUUCUUAGCAAGAGAUGCUGCCAAGACUGGGAUCUCUAGAUCUAAUGAAAAUUUCCUAGGUCAUGUUGUGGAGCUUCUUAGCAGAGAUGCUACUAGAAUACCGAAUUAUAGAUUUUGCUAG